AAGAUGCCGGACUUUUGUGCCGCUUAUGGAUGUUCCAAUGAGCGGAACAUACAAACCAGAUCCAGUGGAAUCACUUUUCACAGGUUUCCCAAAGACAACAGUUUAAGGAGACAAUGGGAACGGGCAGUGAAACGGAAAGGUUUUGUGGCAAGUGAGAGGUCCUUGCUCUGCAGUGAGCACUUUAAAGCAAAUGAUUUUGACAGGACAGGGCAGACUGUCCGGCUGAGACAUGGAGUCAAACCAUCUGUCUUUAACUUCCCAUCUCGUUUACAAAAGCAAGUACCAUCAAUGACCACACAAGCAUCGAGGAAAGCUGAAGAGAGCCUGCCAGUGGACUUGCCUCGGCAUUUCCAGGAAGCUGAACCUCAGUCUAAUGUUGACCACAAUUAUGCUUUGCCUGCUUCUCCCGAUGCUCUAAAGGCCAGACUAAAUGAAGCUCUGGCUAGAGUGGAGAGUCUGGAGCACGAGAAGAGGAAUUGCUUGAUCCGGGAGCGUAGGGCGAAGAAAAAUGUUCAGGCUCUUCUUGAGGGUUUGAGGUCAACGUUGACACCUUGAUGCUGAUGAUACCUGAGCUGUAUGUCUGCACCUACCGGUUUAGCGGAGAUCACUUGGAGGUUCUCUUUAAUUCAAUCAGAGCAUCAGGUAGGGCUGGAACAACAAUCCAUCUGCUGGCCAGUUCCAGAGCAUCUUCCGGCGUCUGAUGGUCCGGUGUGGUGUCUCACCAAGUUGACGAGGCAACGUGGCGGCACAGGAUGGCACAGUGUCCCUGUCUGCUGUAGAGAUGUCCU